ACAUUUAUAACCUUGACCUUAUUUUUCAGAAUGGCUGUCAUUAUGGAUCCUGGGGCUUUUUUUCUUGAUGGCUGAAGCCUGCAUACAGAUAUGUCAGAUCCAGAGAAAAAAAUGGGGGAGUCUUUCCCAUCAAAGUUAGAAGAUUUAGAGAAAAGAAGUAUAAGGUUGAUGAAGGAUCCUUUGAAACGUUGUAAGAAGUCAUAUUCACCAGAGAUGCUGAGCAAACGAUGUAGAACAGAAGCUGGGCAAGGAAUACCUGGAGUCUCUAACUUCACUGAAAUAAAGUCCGUCUCUACAGGUAGUGCAAAGAGACACAAUCUUGAGAAGGAAAAUGGGGAAUUUGCUAAAGUUCCAAAAAUUGAUGAAAGAUGUACUGUAACAGAAUGCCAGUAUGGGAAAGCAGUCAGGAAAUCAUUUGUGUUCCUUAAAAAUAACAUUAUUUAUGAAGAUCUCCAAGAUGCUUUAAGACAACAGGAUAUAGUGAGUGAAAUAGAGGAAGCUGAGUACGUUUGUCAAAAACAGAGUAGACAGUCAAUGUGUGAGAAACUCAUUAAACAUAUCAUCAAGAAGAAAAGAUGUACAGUUUUCACAGAACUCAUGGAGACAAAAUCUAAAUUUAUCUUUGAGAGAAUUUUUGAAGCUUGUAAACAGAUUCAGGAGGAUGAUGCUGAGAAAG